UGGUCAUGUCUGAACCUCUUCCUCUCUUCUAGUCUUCGGCUUGCGGUGUCGUCUGUCUUCGGAUCAAAGCAGAGAUGACGGAGAGGAGUAUCCCACACAUCCGAGAUAUAUUCGACUCGGAGCGGUCUAACGGGACCCAGGUGGAUCGGAAGCGACCGGUCGUAGGCCCGAGGAGCGAACCCGAUCUCAAGCACCUCGACAGGCAUCUCAGCAUGAAGAAGACCAUCCGCAAGAAAAUAAUGAGGGACUUGCAGCAGGCCUUCGUCGCCGAGAGCGGAGAGAAAGACGUGGAGAUCGUGGUGGAUACCACCGGGCGCGAGGGGUUCCUCGACGUCCUCCGCAGGGGCGGCAAGGAGGAGAAGGAAGAAGUCAACGACAGCAAGGACGAAGAGAAGAAGCAGGGCUUCUGGAGGAGAUUCACCAUCAGGAGGAAUAAGCGCUGAUUGGUCCCCAGCUCAGCCAUCUCUUUAUCGUUAGAAACCAAAUCGUCGAGGGUGCAGAGCAUAAAACAUAGCAAUAGUGUUACAUCGAGGAAUUGGUAUUUAAGAAUAGGUUUUUAUGUUCCUGGCUGAUAAUUUGGCUUCCAUUACACCGAUCUUAAGGAAGGUCGAACAGACUCUCAUUACACUAGUUAGAUAUUCUAAAGACUUAAUUAUGUAUGAAGCCAAAUAUAUGUAAAUAAUGGCAAAAUAUUCCUUAAUAUUUUAGUUUGUAGUUGGUAGAAUAGUUAUUCCUAAGGAUUAUUUUAAUUACUAUUCAUUAAGGAAUACUUAUUUUUUUUCUUAUUAAUUACCUAUUGGAAUAUUUUAAUAAGAAAGUGUAUUUUAGAAGUUUUAUACUUCUCAUUAACAAUCAAAGAUCUGGGUAAAUUGAUAAGGUUUUCUAAUCAAUCGUAUUUUUAUAUUAAAGUAUGUAUUAUAAAGCGGAAUAGAUUCUAUUGGUUCAUUAUAUAAUAUUUAUGAUUAUCAUUCUUAACGACGCUGAUCAUUUGUUGAAAUGGAGAUUAAUAUUUUAGCCUUAAUGAUCAAUAUUGACUGCGGUCGGUUUGUUAAAUCUGAUACUGACAUUCAAUAUUGUCAUAAAAAGAAAUACAAUUAUAAUGGGAUUCUUUUUUUAUUCCAAUAGAAAUUUUUUUAAAUAUUAUUUGAACUGCUGCUUAUGCAGCCUAAUUUUAUAAUCAUCAUGGAAUGUCUAGGAGGUUUUAGACUUUUCGAAUAGCUUUUGCUAUAUAUAUAUAUAUAUAUAUAUAUAUAUAUAUAUAUAUGUAUAUAAAUCUGAUAUACUUUACUCCGUUUCUCUUAUAAAAUAUAUCUUAUGACUAAUUUUUAUUUGUCGAACACUUCAAAUUUACGAUGAGCUGGAUUAUUUAGACCUUAUGAAUCUAAAGAAAAAUAUGUCAUAUGUUACUAAAACUAUGUCCCAUAUAAAACUUAGGACCUAAAACAUUCAACUGUGUGAUAUAAAUAUUUUAUUGUUACAUUACACUAUGACAAGGAAUUCAACUGAAAACAGAUCAUCCACUUUAUGAUAUUUAAGCUUUUCUGUUCAUUUUUACGAGGGUGUUCGUUGAAUGCCUAUAAAAAGUUUACGACCACUGAAUAAAAACAUUUAUUAGAUUUUCUUUACAAGGAUUUAUUCCAUCAUUCAGUAAAUCGAAAUAGAUUAAAUAAAAAAAACUAUCCUAUAGAAAAUUUAAAACAAAAUACAAAAGGCAACAUCGUAAGAGAGAAAUCCCGCCAUGUUUACGAAAUUGCCGAUUUUAUUGUUUUUCCUUUAAAAUAUUUAAAAAGGAUAACUAUUUUUUUCUUCAGUCAUAACUACUGGAAUUGUUAAUUUCUUUUCUUGUUUUUCCGAUUUUCCUAUGGUUUCUUGUUUCAACAAUAAUGAAUAAAUUCCAUUCGGCUUAAACCACAAUUAUUGUAAUCUGUAAUAAGAAUAAAAUGAUAUAUCCAAGAUAAAUACAAAACUGUGUAUUGAUUGUUGAUUGGCUUGUAAGGGAUCAUAAAUUUCUGAUACGCAUUGUAUGCACUUGGUUAUUGUCAUGCCUGUGAUAUAUCUAAGUAACUUCCGUGUUCUUGUGUUUAUUCCGCUUGUAUUAUAUUCAAAACGAAACUUUUGAAUUUUUUAGGUACCAUCAAAUAAUUGUCAUCUCUGACCCUCUGCUCGGGGCGAUCUUUGAUCUGUCCCUUAAUAGUGAAUUUCCGCGGACUUGCAUUUGGCCUGGAACACGGAGCGUACCGUUGCAGACGCCAAUAAUGAGCUCGCAAUAGAGCUAGCUGCUCUCCCAUAUUUGGCGUCCAAGGCGGAGAACCAGUAAACACAGGACAACGAACUCAGCCGCUCCUGUUCUUAGAAGAUGUGUCCUGCAGAACGUAACCCCUUUGGGAUACAGAUCCUUGUCUAGGAGAUAGUACAUUGAAUUAAUAAAAAUGACAUAUAAGGAUAUUAUUAAUAGCGUAACAAAGUCCUUAGCGCAUUAAGGAUCCUUGCAUUCUGCUACAACCGGAUCCCGUACUCACAUUUCCAUCCCCGACUCUAUACCUGUAUCUACAUUGUUAAUCAUUCUUAACGUAAUUAUCUAAGGUAUUUAUUUUCUGCUUUAAUACAAAUUACGAACAUCUAUUAAUGUAACCAAAAUAUAUAAAUAUUUUGAAAACUCGUAUAGUUACAAUAACUGGAAGCAUUUAAUGAUAAGGCUAAAGUUUGUUUUGUUUGAUUUAGAUUAAUAGGUUGAUUUUUACUCAUGGCUUUAUCAAUCCUUAAUUGUAACGUGUCCGUUUUAAUGCCAUAAAUAAAUGAACUGUUUGAUACCAACUGCAAGUACUUAUUUGUAUUAUAAUAUCUUCCAUUGGGAAUUUGCGUUAUAACAUCGUUGUAACUUUCGUCUUGAAUGGAAGACCUUUUUAAGUUACAAGCUCCCACUUGGAAAUGGCGCCAGACUCGCGCAAUGCUUGCCCACAUAAGCUGCCCACGCGACUUGUAUGAAAUAAGGCUUCCUUUAAUCGUUAAUUUACUACUUUCGAAGUAUUAUGUCCGUUUAAAAAUUACAACAAAUAUUUGAGUAAAAAGAAAUGUUACCAACGUAAUCAAGAUUGCGUUAACAAUGUCAAGUGAUAUUAACAAUUGUCCGUAUAACGCAUUGAUUUAGAUUAAAUUAUGGAGAGAGGGAAUUUAUAGCCAAGAAGUAAAAUUUCAAUUUUAAGUCUCAUAAGAUGCUAUUGAUCUAAAUUUUAUUGCAUGAAAUAGUAUCAUUAUUAUAAUCAUGUUUACAAAAAUAUCUUUUUUAUUCAGCAUUUCGACACAUUCAUGUAGAACCUCCACGUUAGGUUUAAUUGAUUGUCAUUGGUAACAUCGAAGACAAAUUUUUUGGUAUCUUGUUUUUAUUGAAAUGUAAUGGCAAAGCGGUGGGGGAGGGGGGAGAGGGAGAUGUUGGUGUGAAUUUCCAUUGAACACUUACAGAAUAUAACGAAAAUAUCUAAAGUUAAAACAAAAAUUCAAUAUAACAAAUUUAACUAAAUUUUCUCAAAUAUAAUUGUCCUGAAUAGUAUAAUGAGAUGAAUUUUAUAUAUUUUUUUAACACUACACUAUUAAUUAAAUAGUAUUAAUAUUCAACUAGUACCUACCCUAAUUGCACUUCCUUCCAAUAUUUUUAAAACUUAAAUUGUACAUAUCAUUCUUUUUUUAAAAAAUUGUUAAAGAUAUAUUCCUUUUUCUAUAACUGAUAUUGAUGGCUACGAUACAAGGUGAUUUCUACAGAUUUUCUCAAGUUCACAUAGAUUUCCUUUUUGUGAAUGGAGCACCUUAUUACAUAUUUUUAUUACUGUUUAAUGUUUUAAUAUUUAAUGUUUUAUAGCUAUUAUUUCAAUAUUUAAUCAAUUAUAUAAAUAAUAUCACAUAAUAUUAUUACUCAAAUAUUGUAUAAACAUUUUCUUAAGAGCAAAUAAUCACUUAUUUUUGAACUAAUUGUAAGUAGCUUUACUGGAAACAUUGUUUGGAUUAAAUUUAAAAAAAAAAGUAUGGACUAAUAGCCUUAGGAAUUUUUAUACCAUUAUAUUGUGUUUUACCAUUAAAAUAUUGUACAUUCCAAUAAAUUUAUCCAUUUCAUCAAUUACGAAACGUCAAUUAAUUUUUUUCUUUAUAAUGGUCGGAAAAUAUUAGUAUAGUCAGCUUUCCUAAUAUGUGCAACAUCACUCUUAUUAUAUCCGUUUGUGAUAUGUUAUAAGGGAUAUGUAAAUGUUUAUAUGAAUAGUUGUAAAUUAAGGCUUAUUUGUGAUAAUUAUUAGUAAGACUAAUAGGCAAGUACUUAUUUCUCUAUAAUGUAAAUAUUGUAUUUGAUUAUAAAGUUAUUCUUGUC